AUGACAGGUAUGACAGAUAGUGUAGUUUGUGUGAUUUAAAAAUUUUAAUAAUAUAAAUAAAUUAAAUUAACCUAUCAUUAAAUUUUAUAUUUAAGAUGUAUUCUGAGUGCAUUUUUAUGUGCGAGUAUUUCAAUUCAAUUCAAUCGCCAAUAAAAUUGGAACUUUUUAAAUAUUGAAGAGAAAAUAUGCAAUUAUAGUUAAUUAGAAGGAAAAAAAGAAAGAAAAAAUAUGAAAUAAUAAGAUUAAAUAAUAAUAAAAGUAAAAGUUGCAAAUAAAAUAAUGAGUUAAAUUAGCAGAGAAAGAAAUAAAAAGAAAAUUAAAAAAGAGAUUUUUUGUUUUAAAUUAGUUUUUAUAAUCAAAAAUGCCACAGUCCAAAACAAAAAAACUCUUUUUACCCCAGGUUAAGUGACAAAUUUGAGAGAUUAAUGCAAUUUGCUAGAGCAGAACCUAAGUAUGAAGCACCUUCAUUGCCAAUUUUAUUGUUACUUUUUAAGUAUUAAAGAGAAAAUAUGUAGUUAGUUAGUUAAUCAGAAGGAAAAAAUGAAGAAAAAAUAUGGAUUCAUAAGAUUAAUUAACAAUAAAAGUAAAAGUUGA